CUUCUAGUGCCUGCCCGGUUGCUCUUUGGACUGGGCAGAUGCCCGUCAGCAGAGCAGAAAGUCGACGCUCGAAAGUUUCCGCUCCUCCUCAGGGCCGCGCGAGGAGCCCCGGUCCGUGGGAGUUUUGCAAGGAAUGAAGCGAAGUUCCAGGACCCCCGGGAGACUGAGCGGCGCGCGCCAAGCUUAGUCCGUGUCAGAAUAUUUGGACCCAAAUUGACUACAUCUGAAAUAACAUAGGAAACAAUGUCUUUCUUAAUCAAAGGUGUUCAAAAGCAUGGCUUUAUCUGUCAAGCCCACAAAGAAUUAUUCAAAAGAAGUAUAUCAAAAGCUUUCAAUGGACAAAGGAUGAGAUUUUCACAAGCAUCCUCUCCAGUUAAUUCUAAAAAUAUGGACUCUUUCAAUUAUAUAAUAGUCGGAGCUGGGUCUGCAGGAUGUGUUUUAGCCAACCGAUUGACUGAAGACCCUCACAACACUGUGAAGCUACUGGAAGCAGGUCCAAAAGAUACUGUUUUAGGUAGCAAACAAUUAUUGUGGAAGAUUCAUAUGCCUGCUGCUUUAACUUACAAUCUCUGUGAUGAGAAAUAUAAUUGGUACUACCAUACAACACCCCAAAAACACAUGGAUAAUCGGAUCCUGUACUGGCCCAGAGGACGAGUCUGGGGUGGUUCCUCAUCCCUCAAUGCCAUGGUAUACAUUCGGGGCCAUGCAGAAGAUUAUAACAGGUGGAGUAAAGAAGGGGCUGUUGGAUGGGACUAUGAAUUCUGUUUGCCGUAUUUUAAGAAAGCACAAACUCAUGAGUUGGGGGCUGAUCUUUAUCGAGGAGGGGAUGGCCCACUUCAUGUGUCAAGGGGAAAAACAAAAAACCCUCUUCACUGCGCAUUCCUGGAUGCAGCUCAGCAAGCUGGGUACCCUUUUACAGACGAUAUGAAUGGUUUUCAACAAGAAGGCUUUGGCUGGAUGGAUAUGACAAUAUAUAAAGGUAAAAGGUGGAAUACAGCUAGUGCGUAUCUUCGUCCUGCUUUAUCACGUCCAAACCUGUCUGCAGAAGUCAGCACACUUGUUACAAAAGUUUUAUUUGAGGGGACCAAAGCAAUUGGUAUUGAGUAUAUUAAAAAUGGAGAAAAGAAAAAGGUUUUUGCUAGUAAGGAAGUUAUUUUAAGUGGUGGCGCCAUAAAUUCUCCACAGUUACUUAUGCUAUCUGGGGUUGGAAAUGCAGAUGAUCUAAAAAAAUUAGGAAUCCCUGUUGUCUGCCAUCUUUCAGGGGUUGGCCAAAAUCUCCAAGAUCAUUUGGAAGUGUACAUACAGCAAAAGUGCACUCAACCUCUAACACUCUAUAAAUCACAAAAGCCUCUUCAGAUGAUCAAAAUUGGGCUUGAAUGGUUCUGGAAAUCCACAGGAGAUGGAGCCACUGCCCAUUUAGAAACUGGUGGAUUUAUAAGAAGUCGUCCAGGCAUUUCUCACCCAGAUAUCCAGUUCCACUUCCUCCCUUCUCAGGUGAUAGACCAUGGGCGAGUUGCUUCACAGUUGGAAGCUUAUCAGGUCCAUAUUGGCCCUAUGCGAAGUACCAGUGUAGGAAAGCUGAAGCUGAAGAGUUCAGACCCUACUGAGCAUCCAAUCCUUGAGCCUAAUUAUUUGUCAACAGAAAUAGAUGUCUGGGAGUUUCGCCAGUGUGUGAAAUUAGCUAGGGAGAUCUUUGCUCAAAAGGCAUUUGAAGAAUUCCGCGGACUUGAGAUUCAACCGGGGGAACACAUUCAGUCGGACAAAGAAAUAGAUGCUUUCAUAAGACAAAAAUCUGAUAGUGCCUACCAUCCUUCAUGCACGUGCAAAAUGGGACAGAAUUCUGAUCCUACUGCUGUGGUUGAUCCCAAGACCAAAGUUAUAGGCACAGAAAAUUUAAGAGUAGUUGAUGCCUCAAUAAUGCCCAGUAUUGUUAGUGGGAAUUUAAAUGCCCCAACCAUCAUGAUAGCAGAGAAGGCUGCUGAUAUUAUUUUGGGAUUACCACCGCUUCAAGAGAAAAAUGUUCCGGUAUAUAAACCCAAAACUCUGGAAACACAGCGUUAACUUUUUGCUCUGCAUUAGAAGUUUGCCUCCAUAGGAGAAUCUUGGCCUAUUUUUUCUGUAGGAACAUGUAUAAGGAGUAGCAUCACUUGAUAUGUUUUUCUAUACCACUAAAUCAAAAAUCUAUUUUCAAUGUCAAGAAAAAGGAUGUACAAUAGAAAUGAUACUUUACGUCAGUUAAUAUUUGUUAAUAAUAGAUUCCUGGAAGCAUCUGACAUUUGAUGGUAUGCGCAGUAAAUUUUUACCACAGAACGGAAGUCAGAUUCUGUACAUUAAUACAAAACUGUGGAAGGAAAAAUAACAAAAAUAGAAUGUAGUUUGUAUCUCUUGAUUUGAUGGGCUAGUACAUUUCAUAUUUUGCCUAUUUUCCACAUCCAGUCUAAAGGUAAGAGAAAAUAGCAAUGUAUUUUUUUCUAGUACACAAAGCAGUAUUUAAUCUCAGAAUGAAAUAGAAUUCUCAUUCUAAAUAGUUGAGGCAGAAUUAUGUUCAAGUUAGACUUCUUUGGCCUAUAUUCUGUAUCUUGUACAUUUGGGUCACUUUUUUUUCAAUUGUCACUAAAGAAUUUUAAAAGAAUGGAAGUCAUGCUGAAGUGAUGCAAUGGUUUUAGUAGAAAUAAUCAUGAUUAAAUUAUGCUGCUUGUGCUUUGCAAAAAUAUUUUACUUCUGGAAUAAACAAAUUCUAAUUAAUAUACUUA